AUGUUUCUUAAAUGUUUUGUUCGUUCAUUAGAUCAUCAAAUUCAAUCAUUUCAAAUAAAAAAUAGCGAUAAUACAAUGAAAUAUAAUUAUUCAAUGUUAUGUGCAAUGAUGAAUCGUGCUUGUCUUAUUGAUGGAAAUUAUUUAUUAUCAGAUAGAUUUCGUCAAGAUGCUUUAUAUUUAAAAUAUAAAUCUGAUGAAAUUUAUAUUGAUUCAGCAACAGGUGCUAAUGGUAUAUCAUCAUUUAUAUUUGGUAAAAAUCAUCAAAUUAUAAAUGUAACAUCACCUGAAUCAGAUUAUGUCGAUGAAGAAGAAGAAAAAGAAAAUUUAGAUUUAACAACACCACCAUCUUUAACAGAAAUUAUAUCUUAUGUUCCAAUAUUUCGUCUUCGAUAUUCAUUAAAUAUAACAACGAAUGAAUUUCAUUAUUUAUCAACGAAAUGGGAAAAUGAAAUAUUACAUUAUCUUAAUGAAAAAUUUCAAUCAAAUUUAACUUAUUUAUCAGUAUCGAGUUCAACAGCUAUAAGUGAUACUGUUAGUAAACACGCACGUGAUGAAGGACCAUUUACAGCAAUAAUGCUUUUAAUAUUUUUUAUUUUUGUUUGCUUUUUUAUCAGUAUUCAAGGAAAUUUUCAUACAUCUGUGGGAUAUUUAUCUCUUUUUGGAAUAAUUAGUUUCAUACUUUCUUCUGGUGCUACAUUUGGUUUAAUAUCAAUUUUUAAAAUUCAAAUUAUUGAACCUAUGUCACUUGUUGUUUUUGCUGUUGCUAUUAUUGAUUGUAUGCGUGUAUCAAUUCUUUGUGGUGAAUAUCAUCGAAUAAUAAAUUUACAUAUACCAACAUCUUCAACAAAUGUUUUAACAAAAAUUAAUAUUGAAAAAAUUCUUCCAUCAAUACUAAAAUAUAGUCGUCCAUAUUUUUUAUCUUCAAUAUUAAUUCAAAUAAUUGUUUAUUUAAUUCUAUCAUUAAUAUCUCCAAUACCAUGUACAAAAUAUCUUAGUUUAACAUUAAUCUUAUAUGUAUUUAUAAAUUAUUUAACACAUUGUACAUUUUUUUUAUCAUGUCUUAUUAUAACAUUACAACGUAUUAAAUCUCGUCGUCAUUGUUUAUCAUGUCAUCAUUUAUCAAAUGAUUAUUAUAUAAAAAAUCGUAAAAAAUCCAUUGAAAAAAUAUUUUUUCAAAAACUAAAAAAAUUUUUUGAAAAUAUUAAUCCAAUAUUUAAAAAAAUUUUUUCUGGAUUUCUAUGUUUAUUAACAUUAAUAUGUAUUAUAUUUAGUAUAUGGUUAAUAUUUUCAAUUGAUACACGUUUAUUUGAUGAUAAAUUUCUUCCAAGAAAUUCAUCAUCAUUAAGAUCAUAUAUGAAAUCACAAAAUGAAGAUUAUAAUAUUGGUCCUGUUAUUAUGUUUGUAAUUCCUCAACCAAUUGAUUAUCAAAAUAAAAAAAAUCAAUUAUUAAUUCAUCGUAUAAUAGAACAAUGUCAAAAUGAAACAACAACUAAUAAUUUUAAAUUAGUAUGGAUAGAUCAUGAAGAUAUAAAUCAUCUUUUAACUAGUAAAGAUCCAAUUGAUGUUCGAAUAACACCAUAUUCACAAAAUGAUAUUAUUUUCUCAGAAGAAAACAAUAAAACUAUAAUAAAAUCAUCAAGAUUCUAUUGUCAAUAUAAGUCUAUUAAAGGUGAUCGUAAAGAUCUAAGAACAAUGAACAAUCUGUAUACUUAUACUCGGCAAAGUUCCAUACCAUCAAUAUUUCCUUAUAGUCUUGUAUUUCCACAUUAUGAAUCGUUAGGACAAAUACGUAUGGACAUCUAUUUAUUAAUACUUUUAAUGACUAUAAUUACCAUUUUAAUCACUUUUGUAAUGUUUAUUUCAUUUAAAAAAGCUCUUCUAAUAUUUUUACAUUUACUUACACUUCUAUCUGGAGGUUUAACAUGUCUAUAUUUAUUUCAUAAUUUUUCAUUUAAUUUUGCAAAUGCACCUUGGUUAUAUAUAAUGCCUAUUAUAUUUCUUGAUACAAUAAUUCAUACAACUUUUAAUAUAAGAAAAUCAAAAUGGAAAUAUAAUCGUAUUUUAUUUUCAUUAAUAAUAUCUUUAAUUAUAUUUUCUUUUUUUCCUGUUGAAACAUAUAUAUUUCAUAUAAUAUGUUAUUCAUUGAUUUAUCAAUCAAUUAUUUGUUUUAUAUUAAUUAAUAUAAUACUACCAUCAUGGUUUUAUAUGAUUGAAACAAUAUCAAAGAAAAAAAAUAAAAGAACUAAAAUACCAUCAACAAUAAUUAUCGAUACAAAUCAAUCAUUAAUUGUUGGUACAGAAAUACAGAAUCUCGCUUGUGAAACCAAUGGAAAUAUGAAUGGUUCCAUUUGA